CUACUCCCUUCUGCCAGGUAUCUCAUCUGACUACCUGUAAUAUUCACUAUGUCGAACCCUCCGAAGUACGAGACGCUACAUCGUGAUAGCCUUGAAGAGACUUCCCUGCUCUCCUCCGAUGCCGCAGAAAGGGGCCUAUCGACUUCGGCGGAUCCAUCGCUCGCUUACCCACCUCGUCAUGGAGAGUCAUCUACACGCAAAAUCAGUGUGACCUACACCUUCACGCCGAGAUACCCUGUCCCGGGAUCCGAGGAGCAUGCUCUGGCCGUCCUGGGAGAGACACGAGAGGAAUCCGCACGAAUCUGUCAACGAGCGUUCCCCACCCUAGCCGACUAUCCUAUCGAUCGGAUUGAGUUCUCCGUUGCGCUUAAGCAGACGACAGACAAUGGCAAACCCAUUGGAUGGGGCAAGAUCACUGAAGAUGCUUGGGAAUCCUUGCUAUAUUCUCCGCCCGAGCGAAUGAUGGUCAGGGUCAUCGACGCUCCGGGUGACGCAGAGCGACGUGAGUCCUGCAGCACGGUAUCAAGAGAAUGCCCUCUGACGCCGGACAGGAGACAGACAAGAAUGCAAGACAUGCCUCUCAGUCUUUGGCCUUCUCAUCGUAGUCGUCCUACUGUUCUUUGGCGCGUACUUUCUGAUCAGUUUUGUUGUCAAGAAAUGGCAGGGAACGGGAUGAUGUGCCUGUACGAUUGCCCAGCCUACACCGAUAGUAUCCACACAACACAUCACCGCCUCGUGAUUGUUUCCUCCCUGUAGCAUAGGCUCCUCCCCCUUACACGACGUCGAGAUAUUACCGUGCGCACCGUGCCCCUGAACUCCCUUGAACUUGACGCUGCUGUACAGUCCUGUACAUAGUGUCAUCAUCAUGAAUUAUCCAGUUGAUGUCCAUGCGCUGUCGAGUACCCAUCGCCAGCACCUGUACCUCACAGUCCUCCAUCUGCAAGAUUCAAAUGACCACAGCAGGCCCUCGUCCUUCUGUGCCACCUUGAUCAAUUUGCCGUGAUUCGCCGAAAGAGAAGCUGGACAACGGAAGCAAUUCUCGCACAACGUGGUCGGGGUGUUGGAUUUCCGAACCAGCAUGGAAUUUUGGGA